AUGGGUCAGGGAAUGAGGAAGGGGAAGUUGAAGAGAAAGUCAAGCUCAGCAUCGACCUUCGGGCCCAUCGCCUCCUUGGUGGUUGGGAAGCAGCUCAGUGGGUUCUUCCUGUGCAAGGGGAUGAGGAUAAAGAUCUCGUUCAACGGCCGUGAAGAAGUCGCACUAGUUGAUGACGUUCGAAGUGACUCUCAGACAUGGUGCGAGAAGACCGAUCUCAACAUUGUAUUCGGCUCCUCAGCCCGGGAACAAGAUGAGAAUGAUUUCAACAACUCACUGGAGGACGUUAGAGACAAGCUUGAGACAAAGUUGAACAUCUCAGGAGAGGUUGACGAGAACAAAGAUAAAGAUAAGGAGAGGGAAGAGAGCAAGGAGGAGGCGGCGGAGAGUCUCAUCAAUGCCUUGAGAGCAGGUACCCUCCUUGCACACGAAUACCGAAAGUUCGGAGUCGCUCCUCCCCGCGGCGUCCUACUCUUCGGCCCCCCGGGCACCGGAAAGACGCUGCUCGUUCGUACAGCAUGCGAGGCUAUGGGCAUGAAGCUGCUCAGCGUUGACGCCCCGCAGCUGGUGGGAGGAGACUACGGGAGCAGCGAAGCAAGGAUCAAGGAGCUGUUCCAGACCGCCUCCUCCUACCCCUCGUGCGCUAUCUUUAUCGACGAGAUCGAUGUCAUCUGUGGAAAGAGGAGCGAGUCAGGGGGGGAGAUGGAGAGGAGGAUGGUGAGCGCGCUUGUGAAGCAGCUCGACGAUCUCGAGCAGCGCAGGUCGGAGGAGGGCGACGACGGAGCCCGCGUCCUCCUCCUCGCUGCCACCAACCGGCCCGACUCCAUCGACCCGUCACUGCGGCAGGCGGGGCGACUUGACCUGGAGAUCGAAGUCGGAGUGCCGUCUGCGGACGGGAGGAGGAGCAUUCUCUCUAUCCUGCUUGCUCGAGUCCCUCACAGUCUCACGGAAGAAGACCUGGAGAAAGCUAGCAGCAGGAUGCACGGGUACGUGGGAGCGGACAUUGAGCUGGUGGUCAACACCGCAGUGAUCCAUGCUCUUCGUCGGACAGAGGAGGAGGCGCAGGUUGUGCAAGACGAGCAAGGGAGCGCGGGAGAGCAGAGCAGUUUCACCCUCCUGCUUGACGACCUCCUCCUGGCAUCGUCCAGGGUCAAGCCAAGUGCUCUGAGAGAGACGGUGGUGGAGGUACCCAAAGUCCUGUGGUCGGAGAUCGGAGGGCAGCAGGAGGCUAAGGCGGCGCUAGCAGAGGCGGUUGAGUGGCCCCUCCGCUACCCCCAGCACUUCUCUCGCAUGGGGAUCCGCCCUCCAGCUGGGGUCCUGCUCUACGGGCCCCCGGGCUGCAGCAAGACGCUGCUCGCCAAGGCGCUGGCCACAGAGGGGUCGCUCAACUUCCUGGCCGUAAAGGGCCCCGAGCUGUUCCGCAAGUACGUCGGAGACUCGGAGAAGGCGGUGGCAGCGGUGUUCCGCAAGGCGAGGCAGGCGGCUCCUGCCAUCAUUUUCUUCGACGAGAUCGACGCCCUGGCCACGAGCAGGAAUCUUUCGGAACAUGGACACUCUGAAUUUGGAUUUACUGGAGAGCUGUGCCCGUACACUCCGGAUGUGAUUUCUUACAUUCCGGUAACCGCCAAGGAGAGCGGAGGUACAAGUCUGAAUUUUGGCUUGAGAUCCUAUAAGAAGUGGGUUGGUUUCACCUUUGAAUUGGUCUGCGUAUUCCAUUUCCAAUUUGACACUGGAAGUAAGUACUACUUGCGGAAUGCAACCGUCACAAGCGCAACUUGCUGCGGAGGCAACAACCCCAUCAGUGCCGAUGUCGACAGAUGCUACUCUUGCGCCGCUCCUCCUCUGAAUCAGCUGUUUCCAACUGGGGCAUCGCGGUACUUCAACAGCACAGUCAGCAUUGCUGCAAUGCGACGGAGCUUCAAGGAUUGCUCCUCUACCGUGCUCUCAACUUGUGACGCUUCAGGCAAUCAGUUGAUGUCGAACCCGGAGACAACUUUAACUUCACGUGCGUUGAAGGGUCGCUACUUCGACUUGAGCUAUCAGAAAGAUGUUGGAGUAGUUGACGUGUAUCCGAGAAACUCGCCUGCCAAAGAAAACUUGACGUUCACUGUUCGCUUGCAGAAUGCUCCAACCGAUCCGGGGGGGGGGGAGGGGAAUCGGGCUCGGUCGUCGGGAGAAUCGUCAGCAUCUCAACGAGUCGUCUCACAGCUGCUGAACGAGAUGGAUGGGAUUGAACCGCUGAAGCAGGUCAUCGUCGUUGCAGCUACAAAUCGACCGGACCUGAUUGACAGCGCCUUCCUGCGGCCCGGGAGGAUCGAUCGACUCAUCUACGUGGCUCCUCCCGAUGAGGAGAGCAGACAGUCGAUCCUCAAGAUACACCUCAGGAGAAUGCCGACUGCCGGGGACGUGGACUUGAAGCUCCUCGCUCGCAGCGGGGCGGAGCUCGCCAACCUCUGUCGGGAGGCAGGGCUGCAAGCUAUCGCCGAGGACAAGGACGAGCCAAGAAUCACUUCAGAGAUGAUCGCCUUCUACGAGAGCUUCGCCAGGAGGAUCGCAACCUGA